AUGGCGUUUCGCCCGCCAUCGUCGCACGGCCAGGGGCACGGCGGCGAGGUGAGGGGGCUUGGGGGGCGCGCGGAGAAGCCGGGCGGCGAGGGGAAGGUGCUCGGGCGCGCGGAGAAGUCGGGCGGAGAGGGGCGCAGCCAUGGGCGCGCGGAGAAGCCGCCGACGAGCAUGAAGGACGGCAGCUGGAUCUCCGCGGACGCGCGCCAGCAGCAGCACGGCGCACCAUGGAACGCGCAGGCGGGGCGGGCACGGCGCCUGAAGCCGCGCGCGUGGCGAGCUGCGUUCGACGCGGAGGGGCGUCUCGUGCGCAUGCCAGCCGUUCUGCGCGCUGUGCUGGACGGGGGGGUGGAUCGGUCGAUACGAGGCGAGGUGUGGGAGUUCCUGCUGGGGUGCUUCUCUCUCGACUCCACCGCUGAAGAGCGCAACUACGUGCGCGCUGCCCGCCGGGAGCGGUAUGAGCAGCUGGUGCAGCAGUGUGCGCGCAUGCACGGGCGCGUGGGCACGGGGCAGCUGGCCUUCCCCGUGGGCUCGCGCAUCAUGGACGUCCGCAUCCUCACUGCCCGCGCCUCUCAGCCUCCUGCCGCCGCCGCCGCUGCGGAUUCUACCGCUCCUGCUGCUGCCACUGCUGCCGCCGCUGCUGGUGGUGGUGCUGGCAGUGGUGUGGAUGGCGGUGAGAUGGGCGGCAUUGGUAGGGACGGCAGGGGCGCAGAGGAGGGCAGCUUCAGGCAGAGCAGCGUUACAACAACGAUGCUGAUGGAGGAGGGCGGCCCGCGGCUGCACUCGUCUUCCUUCUCCUUCCCCCUCGACCUGCUUGACCUUGAAGACCCGAGGGCACUGCUUGGUGGUGGGGGGGGGGAGGAGGACGAGGAGGAGGAUGAUGAGGAGGAUGAUGAGGAGGGGGAUGGGGAGGAGGAGGGGGAGGAUGGGGAAGGGGGGGAUGGGGAGAAGGAAAGGGAAGGGGGUGUGGGCAUGGGACACGAAAAGAGGAAGGCGAAGGGGAGGAAAGGGGCGGAGGGCGGAGGAUGGGGAGGGGGAGGUGAGGGGGCGGGAGGGAAGGAGAGGAAGGGGGGAAUGGAAGAGAUGAGGGCAAAGUGGGCGCGGGAGAGGCAGAGGCGGUAUGAGAGGGUGGACCACUCACACCCUCCACAUGCCAGGGCCAGCGGUGGCGGUGGCGGGAGAGGAGGGGGAGCAGGGAGGACUGGAGAAGGGUUUGGAGGAGCAGGGGCAGGAGGAGGAGGAGGAGGAGGAGGAGCAGUGGGAAUGCGGGAUGGCAGCAGCAGGUCUCAGCGCACACGCAGCACCGAUGUGGGGCUGCUGACGGGGCGAGCAGUAGGAGCGGUGGGUGCAAACGCGCCUCUCACGCGCCCCCGAAGUGGUCGCACAGACGACCCCCUACCUGCACCCCCUGCUGCUGCGCCUUGUGCUGCUACUGUGGAGGGCUCGCUGUCAGGCACCACCGCCACCGCCACCGCCACCGCCACCGCCACCGCCACCGCCACCGCCACCGCCACCGCCACCGCCACCGCCACCGCCACCGCCACCGCCACACGCAGCACGCCAGCGGAGUGUGCCCGCUUAGCCGGUGCUGAUCUCACAGGCGGUGGUGCUGAUGGUGCUGGAAAUGCAGAUGGUGCAGCGGGGGCAGAUGCAGCGGUGUGGCAAGCAGCAGCAGCAGGUGGGGAGGAGGGCGAGGGGAGCUGCCCGGACGAUGGGGUGGGUGGGGAGGGGCAGCGGCGCAAAGGCAAGAAGAAAUGGACCAGACUGUUGCCGGGCAAGGGGAAGGAAGGGAGGGAAGGGAAGGAGGGCAGGGAGGGCAAGGAGGGCAAGGAGGUAAAGGAGGGGAGAGAGGGGAGGGAGGGCAAGGAGGGGAGGGAGGGCAAAGAGGGAAAGGGACGGCUGCUGACAGGGGUUGGAUCCGUUAGUGGCAACGCCCUGCUGGACCCAGACGUCCUCGUUAUAGAGCAAGGAGGCGAGGUGGAGGAAGAGGAGGAGGGUGGGGGAAUAGGCGCAGAGGAGGAGGGUUCUGCAGGGGGAGGAGGCGGAGGGGAAGGGGGGAUGGGCGGGGGAGCAGGGGGGGAGGGCAAGGGGCCGUGGCAGAGGGGAGUGAAGAGUGUGAAGAAAGCACAUAAGAAGCUGCGGGGGUACUUGGGUGCAGGGGAGAGCGCAGGGGGGGAGGAGGGGCAUUUGGAAAGCGGGGACGGGGGUGAGGGGAGCGAGCGGGGGGCGAGGGCAGGGGGAGCAGCGCGGGAGGGGUUGGGUGCGGGGGGUGUGGGGGUUGGGGGGGUUGUGGGUGUGGGGAGAGCGGGAGUGGGUACGGGAGCGGGAGGGGGAGGACUCGGGGGGCUGGGAGGGGGGAUGGGGGGGAUUCAGAGGGGGUUGAUGGCGGGGGGAAACCGGCUGAAGAAGGUGCUGAGUGCUGACUGGGGGGGUGUGUCUGUAGACGAUCUGCUUGCUUCCAUUCGCAACCCCACCCACUCCUCUGCCACCCCCGCCAGCAAUCCCACCACUACCACUGCCAGCUCUGUCAGCGGUGUCAGCACUGCCACUGCCACUACCAACGCUGCCAGCACUGGCAGUGGUGGCAGCGGCAGCGGCAGCAUUGCAAGUGCGGCUGGGAUCCCAAAAGGGAAUAGGAUGGGGAGCGUUGCGGAUGGUGGCAGUGCGAGCAGUGGCGGUGGUGUGUGGGAGGAGAGGCGAAGGGGAAAAGGGGAGGCGGGUGGAGAGCUGGGGAGUGUUUCGGAGCGGGUGGAGGGGGAGGGGGAGGAGGCGGAGGGGGAGGAGAGGGAGAGGGAGGAGGCAGAGUGGGAAGUGGCGGGUGCAGCGGAGUGGGAGGGGCGCAAGGCUGGUGCAGGGGAGGGGGGUCCGCACAGGAGGCAACAAGUUGGGGGGUCGGGGCGGAGAGAGGCCGGGUGGCAGUUAGAGGAGGAAGAGGAGGACGAUGAGGGAGAGGAGCGGGAGAGGAGGGGGAAGGCGGAAGGCGGAGGAAGGAGUGGGGGAGGGGCGGAGGGCGGAGCAGGGGAGGGGCGGCGCAGAGGGGGGUCAGCAGCAGCGCCAGGGGAUGGCUGGGGGCUUGGAUUCGUGGGUGGUGGAGGAAGCUUCUGUGAAGGAGCAGCAGGUGCAGCAGCAAGAGAGGCAGACGGAGGUGAAGCAGAGAGGAGGGAACGGCGAGGGGAGGAGACGAAGAGAGAGGAGAGGAGGAAAGAGGAGGGGCGUGGAAGUGCUGUGCGGCAGGCAGAGGACGAAGAGGAGGAGGGGGAAGAGGGGGAUGAGAGGAGCCCCUGUGCUGCAGGCAGGGCACUCAGUGCUGAGGGUGAGGGCGGGCAAAGGAGAGGAGUAGCAGCAGGAGGAGGAGGGGAGAGAGGGGGAGGAGGAGCAGCUGUGGAGAAAACUGGGCCGUUUGUGGGCAGUGCCAGGAGCGAGUGGAGCGAGGGGAGCGAUGGGGCAGGGGGGGGGGAGAAGCGGGGGGGCAGCAUCCUGCAGGCGUAUGUGCGGCAGCGGUCGUUCAACGGCCGCAACCCCACCGCGGAGCAGGUGUGGUCGUGGAUCCUGGGUCAUGAUGAUGAUGCCGAUGCUGGCCGUGAUGGUGGUGAUGGGGAUGCACGGGGCGAUGGUGGUGCUGGCGAUGGUGGUGGUGCUGGCGAUGGUGAUGGUAAUGGAGGAGGCGAUGGGGGCGUGGGGAAGGGUGGUGCGGGGGAGGGGGCGGGAAGGAAGGAGGGGGAAGGCAGGGAGGGGAAGGAGGGGGAGGAGGAAGAGGAGGGGGGUGAUGCGCGGUUGACGGUCGAUCCAGUGGUGGCAGAGCAGCUGGGGGUGACUCCUGAGAGGGUGGCAGAGUGGCUGUGGACGCUGCAUAAGAUAUCGGUGGAUGUGGAGCGCACGGACCGCCACAUGGCGUUCUACGCGGAUCGCAGCAACCUGGCGGCCAUGAGUGACAUCCUGGCCGUGCAUGCUUGGAUCGACCCUGCUACUGGCUUCUGCCAAGGCAUGUGCGACCUGCUAUCGCCCUUCAUCAUCCUCUUCCCGCACCCCGCCGACGCCUUCUGGUGCUUCGAAAGCCUCUUCUCCAGAAUCCGCCACAACUUCCUGACGGAGGGUCCGGUGGGCAUCCUGCGGAAGCUGGCGGUGCUGAGGGACGUAGUGGCGCUGGUGGACCCCGAGCUGGCCUUUGCCUUCCCCUGCCCCCUCCCACCCCCUCCCUCCUUCCUCUGCCUGCGCCAUUUUCACACCACUUUCGACUGGAGAAAACUCUCGUUUCUCAUCCUCUCCCUUCUCCCCUCCCCCCCCCACCCAUCCCACCUGUACCAGCGCCACAACUUCCUCACAGAAGGGCCAGUGGGCAUUCUGCGGCAGCUGGCGGUGCUGCGCGACGUGGUGGCGCUGGUGGACCCCGAGCUGGCCUCCCACCUGGAGGAGCUGGGCGCUGACAACUUCAUGUUCACCUUCCGCAUGCUGCUCGUGCUCUUCAGGAGGGAGCUGCCGCUUCUGGAUGUGAUCGUCAUGUGGGAGGUGGGUUCAUACGUCAUUGGCAUUGGGAGGGCAGCAGACUACGAUCCGCGCAUGGCAGCAGUGCGGCUGCAUCACCCCCCCGAAGGCCUCUCCCUGGCAGCCAAGUCUGCCUGUUAUGAUGUGAGCGGCAGACUACGAUCCGCGCAUGGCAGCAGUGCUGCUGCAAGCUCCCCUGCACCCUUCCCCACCCAACCCCCUCACCCUUUUUCUUACCCUAUGAUGUGGGCGGCAGACUACGAUCCGCGCAUGGCAGCAGUGCUGCUGCACCACCCCCCUGAAGGCCUCUCCCUGGCAGCAGAACCCCUCACCUGGUCCGCCGGCCUGCCCCCACUCCAACCCCCCUCCACCGUCCCCAACUCCUCCCCGACACACCCUGCACACUCCGCACAUUCCUCCCUCCCCCCGACCCACCCCGACCCCUCCCCCUUCCCCGCCAUGCUCCCCAUCCCCCCGUCCCUCCCCCCGGUGCUCGCCCUGGGGCUGGGGAAGCGGUCUGGGCGAAAGGGGGGGAGCAUGGGGGGGGGCAUGGGGGGAGCGGGGGGAGCGGAGGGGGCGGGGGGAAGGGGGAUGUCGCGGUGGGGGGAAGCGCGGGUGGGGGAUGAGGACCUAGCAGUGUUUUGUGUAGCGGCCAUUCUGAGAGCCAACAGGAAGAGGCUGCUGCAAGUGGAGGGCUCAGACGAAGCCAUUAAGAUGUUCAACGAUGUGGAGCUGGUGUUGGAUGUGGCAUCAUGUGUGCACCUUGCCAUUAAAAUUCGAGCCAAGUACUGCAAGAAGUCUAAUCGAGCCACUCGUGUGUUGCGGUAG